AGGCCAGCCCCAGGCCUGAACUAAGACAGUCCACAGCCCUUGGAUUAGUCACGGAACCAAAGAAGACAGAGCACAGGGCUGUGCCUGACAGGGAGUCUGGACUUUCUGGUUUUGGUGUGAGCAGGGGAGGGGCCUCCAUGUAGGGGAGGGCUGGAAGCUGGGGCAGGGCCCCAAUCAGCUAUGCAAGGCUGCAUAAGCAGAGGCAGCACAGAACAGAGAGAGGAUCACAACAGCCUCCAGAAUCUCAGGAGUGGACACUGCCACUCUGAACACCUCAGGCACCACUCCUGCUCCAAAGCUUGUAACUCUAUUUGUCAUUCUGAGGCCUCUGCUUAUCCUGUACCCCAGGAAUGGAGCCGUUAUUAGGAGCAAAAAUUGGCUGCCUGUUCGCUCUGCUGGCUCUCACCCUAGUCUGUGGCCUUAUUCCCAUCUACUUCAAAUGGUUCCAGAUCGAGGGAGCCACAGGUCGUCACCACCGGGUCCUCAGCCUCCUGGGCUGCAUUUCUGCUGGUGUUUUCCUGGGAGCAGGGUUCAUGCACAUGACCGCUGAAGCCCUGGAGGGAAUUGAAUCCGAGAUCCAGAAGUUCAUGGUGCAGAACAGGACAGAAAGUGAGGGAAAUUUUUCUGGUGAUGCUAAUUCAGAUCAUAAGGACUAUCCCUAUGGAGAGCUCAUCAUCUCCCUGGGCUUCUUCUUGGUCUUCCUUUUGGAGUCGCUGGCAUUGCAGUGCCGCCCUGGAGCUGCUGGAGGAUCAAAAGUGCAGGAGGAGGAGUGCGGCGGGGCUCAUGUCCUUGGACUCCACAGCCAUGGCCCUCUCCCCUCACCCUCACGCAGUCCCUUCCGAGCGCUCGUCCUCCUGCUGUCGCUGUCCUUUCACUCGGUGUUUGAAGGGCUAGCCGUGGGGCUGCAGACGACAGUAGCGGCCACCGUGCAGCUCUGUGUUGCUGUCCUGGCUCACAAGGGGCUCGUAGUGUUUGGGAUAGGACUGCGGCUGGUGCAGACAGGCACUGGAUCACGAUGGGCUGCGUUCUCCAUACUGUCUUUCGCUCUCAUGUCCCCCCUGGGUGUAGCCCUCGGACUGGCUGUGGCUGGAGGAGACUCUGAAGGGGGGCAAGGCUUAGCCCAGGCUGUGUUAGAAGGCGUGGCAGCUGGCACCUUCCUGUACGUCACCUUCCUAGAAAUUCUGCCCCGGGAGCUAGCUGGCUCUGAGGCCCCUCUGGCCAAGUGGGGCUGUGUAGCCGCUGGUUUUGCGUUCAUGGCCUUUAUUGCAUUGUGGGCCUGAGCGAUUCCUGACUUUUCUGAUGGACUCCUCUGGAAUGAGCUCCCAAAUGGCUUUGGCCCUCAGACAUUUCCCUCCUGAGACUAAUGAAAUUCACUAGGCUUCGUCCCCAUGAACUGGACCCCAGCUUUUCCUACAUGAGAUCCCAUUGCUCACCCAGGACUGAGAAAAGGGUGUUAAUUUUAGGUUGAGUGCCUAUACCUUGGAGAACUGAUAUCAAGACCAUCAUUCCAGAUUUGACUCUUGUCCCAUUUUUGCUACCUUGUGCAAUAAAAUGUCGUUUUACCCUUCCCUUCA